GAACCGGUCGGAAAUGCUGAAGUUGCUAAUCAAGCAGUUUAAGGCAAUAGCUGAUGAAAGCAAAGCUGCUUUUCCGGGUACUAACUUCAAAGAGUGGAGACUGGUGGUGCAAGAAAUUGUUAGAUUUGCUAGAGUUCAUUCUCCAUCUCCUGAUGCCAGGCCUUUGCGAUAUUGUGCUCUCUUUGAUUCACAUCCAUCAUCUCGUCCGUACGUGACUCGCUUCCAUGCUAAGAAGGUGCUGAAGUUUCGAGAUGCACUGUUGACAAGUUAUCACAAAAAUGAGGUGAAAUUUGCAGAAUUAACCCUGGACACUUUCAGAAUGCUGCAAUGCUUGGAAUGGGAACCUAGCGGAUCUUUCUAUCAAAGAAGUCCAGUUGAACCACGAGAAAAUGGCGCAGUGACCGACCAAUCUAUAACUUCUGGAUUGAUAGAUAUUAACCUGGCUGCUGAGAUGAUGGAUCCAGCGUUGCCACCAAAUCCCAAGAAGGCUGUUCUUUACCGUCCUUCUGUUCCGCUGUUAAUAUCUGUCGUUGCUACGAUGUGCGAGGAACUCCCUCCAGAGAGUGUGGUAUUACUAUAUAUUUCUGCAUCAGGAAAUACAGUUCAGAGUACCUCGUCGCAAACAGAGAGCUCUUCAAAUUCUAGAAAAUCUUCAAAGAAUAGCGGUCUCUCUCGUCAUGAAAAUUAUAUUAACACCAAUGGAGAUACAAGUCAAUAUUUCGAGAAUUGUUUGAGCGUAGGCCCUAGCAGAAGUGGAGGUUUAAAUAACCUCUAUCCAGGCGAUCUGAUUCCUUUCACACGAAGACCUCUCUUCCUAAUAAUUGAUAGCGACAAAAGCGAUGCAUUCAAGGUUCUACAUGGGGCAGAAAGAGGAGAAAAAAGUGCUUUGUUUCUCUCUCCUCUGAGGCCAUCAUUCAAGAACCCAGGCACUGAUGUAACACAAACUGGAAGUCAGUUCACCUUGUUCUUGACUGCUCCCAUACAGGCUUUCUGCCAGUUGGUUGGCCUUGUCUCAUCCGAUAAGGAUUUGGAUUGCUCUGAUGAAGCUGAUGGCAUCAUCUCAACUGCAUUUGCGGAGUGGGAGGUAAUCCUCUGUACAUCGACUAGCCUAGAUUUGGUUUGGGCUCAAGUUUUGUCGGACCCUUUUCUGAGACGGCUUAUUCUCAGAUUCAUAUUCUGUCGUGCUGUGCUCGGUCUAUUUUGCUUGCAGGAACAUGGCGAUGAGUAUUUACCAGUUUGUCUUCCAAAGCUUCCUGAUACAUUCUCCCCGAAUUCUGAAACUGUGCAACCAGCUAUCAGACGACUUGCAAAGCUUCUAAAAGUUGGAGAUUGUUUUCGAUUUUCACAUUCAUGAGACGUGAUACAUGUGCUUCCUUUAUGAUGUAAAAAGAUUGCUCCACAAAAUUGGUAAAGAGAUCCAGAAACAUCAGCAUUUCGACUAAGAAAGAUACACCGUUGUUACCAAAGUGCUGGCUGGAAGUACAAAGGCAUUCUUUUAGGUGAUCGGUUUACGUAGUUUACAGCAAUAUCUUGUCAUUUCAUGUGCAGAAAUUUGGGGGUUUUCUUCAUUAUUUAGUCUUGAUAACGCGUAUUUGGUUGCUGAUACUAUGCGUUGCUGAUAGAAGGGUAUCGUGAGUUUUUUGUGUCAUGUUUUUUUGUUUCUACAGGAAUUAGUGCUAAUUUGUUCAUAUGUAUCCUGUAUUAUAAAAGCUGGCAGUUGAAAUCUUUAAUCAUUAGUUGAGAUAUUUCUCUUUUA